AUCAACAAUCGAUUCAUUGGAGUAGGACAGUUUGUAUUCAGCUGAGAGUUUGGCACCCUCUCCACGGAGCCGGUGGCUAAAACGCUGCCUUUGCUUAUUUUCUCAAAUUUCUCAUUCUAGGGUUUAAAAUCGGCUAAAAAUUCUAUUAUCACUCCCAACGCUCGACGGGGAUUCUGUAUCUUGAAGUAUUUGAGUUAUGGCGACGGCAACAUACCCUCCACCACCACCUUAUUACAGACUUUACAAAGAUUACUCUCAAGACCCUAAAUCUGCUCCUGAUCCUCCACCACCCAUUGAUGGCACUUACGUUUGUUUCGGAGGCAAUUACACUACUAGCGAUGUUCUACCGAGCUUAGAAGAACAAGGGGUGCGCCAGCUCUAUUCUAAGGGGCCUAAUGUUGAUUUCAAGAAGGAGCUGAGGUCCCUUAAUGGAGAGUUGCAACUGCACAUUUUGGAGCUUGCUGAUAUUCUUAUUGAGAGACCAUCACAGUAUGCGAGGAGAGUUGAAGAAAUUUCAACUGUAUUCAAAAACUUACAUCACCUUUUAAAUUCUCUGCGUCCUCAUCAGGCGAGAGCAACAUUGAUUCACAUUUUGGAACGUCAGAUUCAGCAACGUAAACAAGCAGUGGAGGACAUAAAGAGGAGGAGAGAAGAAGCACGAAGGCUCCUUAACGAGUCCUUGGCAACACUUGAUGGCCAUUAGAGCAUUCUCUAUCUUGUACUCACAGUGUGAAUCUACUGAACAAAUUAAUAUUAUGUGAAAAAUGAAUUGUGACCUCUAGAUUUAAACAAAAUGAUCGAAAGAUUAAAACAAGUUCUGCUUCCUUAAAAAUGGUCAUGUGACAUAAGUGCGAAGAUAUUGUAACUAUUUUUGGUGUCGUGUAUCUAGUCUGAAUUAGUGAUGAAUAUUCAUUUUUGCCCUUGCCAUGAUGAAUACUCACAUCUUGGUCUUUUCUUGCUGUAUGGCAAGUCUUGAUUCUCGUCGCCUUGUAUUUAUGUAUGGGUAUUCAACAGAUCGUAUAAAAUCGAUUGAAAGAUGUAUCCUACUGUGUGAAGUCUUCAAUUUCUUGGUUCAUGGACCUUAAAGAAAAUUGGUUUAGAGGAGAGGGGCAGAAUCGCCAUCAAAUUCAAUGUGAAAUAUAUGACGCCGUUUGAUUGCUGAAUGAAUGUAUUAUUCGAAGAGAAUGAAGCGCUUCUUAG